GGGCCGGGCAGCCCCGGGCCGGGCACCCCCCGCUCCUGUUGCUCAUCCCGUUACCGGAGCGGCGGCCCCGGGCUCGCCCGGCGCACAGGCGGGUCACGCAGCCCCGGGCUUGCCCCCGGCUCGGCGCGGGAACGGCGGCUGAGCCCGGCGGCGGCGGGAGGCGGUGCCGGCGGUGCCGGGGUCCCGGGCCGGGGCUGUGCCUCCGGAGCAGCCGGGUACAGGCAGUGCCCCCUGACCGGGGCUGGCAGCGGGCAGAGGCAGGACGCCAGGCUGGGGGCCCGAGCUGCUGGACUCACAGCAGAGGUUGUGCUGGAGACACGGUGCCGGGCCCGUGCGGGGAGUGUUGGGCAGCCACACUCGGCUUAUCCCGUGCUCCUGGGACGGAGCAGGCAGCGGGAGCACUGCUUGGGACCAAGAGGGACUUGGGAGAAAGAGGGUAGUUGUAGUAUCCAUAGAGCAACUUAAAGGGACGUGACUGCCAAUACCAGUGUCAAAAAACUUAGCUUCUGGUAAGACAGUGUGAGUUUAAUUAAACUAAAUUGAGCUGCUUUGUAAGUAUUGAUUAUUUCAGUUGUGUUCCAGCUGUGCGGAGUUAGUCUAGUGAUGGCAUCUAUUAAGUUGCUGAGGAACAAAAAACCUUCUUCAGGUCACACCACUGACACAACUGCUUUUGAAUUGUGUCUGUGUUUGGGGCAAUGGGUGACAUUAAUGCCUGGGUUCAGGCUUCUGAAGACUUGCUCAACUGCUCAGUUAUUACACUGGUGAUAGGGGUGGUGUUGGAGAAGGGCUAGUCCAGAUCCUCUGGAUCCAGAGUAGUUUUGCCUUGUCUGGUGAGAUGGCAGGGACAUUUGAUGAGCGUUUCAACAUCACAGUCCAUCCAUCCAUGAGGAAAUCACAGGGCCAUGAGGCGGUGUGCAGGUUGUCUGUGGAAAGGUGUUCUGACCGUGUGAAGAAGUUCUUACUUUUACAGAAUUAGAAGCCAAGUUAUUCUUUCUUUCUGACUCAACUGUGAUGACUUUUUGAUGGAAAGCCUGAGAAACACGUGGUGGGUGCAGAGCGUUUGGAAAUGACAAGGCAACCCGUGAUGCGGCAGGAUUUCCUGACUGGACUUUGACAUUCUUUUCAUGAAAGAGGUUUCCAAGUAGUUGUCUUAUAAUAACUUUGAGAAGAAGUUCUAUGUAGCUCUUACUUUUAAGAGUGCUGCAAAAAUGAUUACUUCAGAUUUGCCAGUACUACAGGAUUCUACGAACGAAACUACUGCACAUUCAGAUGCUGGCAGUGAGCUUGAAGAAGCAGAAGUCAAAGGAAAAAGAAAAAGGGGCCGUCCUGGCAGGCCUCCAGUUUUCUUUGCCCAGUCUGCCACCAAGAAACCCCGCAAGUCUCCAGCAGACAAGGGUCGUUCCGAGUCCGGAGCCAGAGGAGCGAGUCGUGGAAGAGCUAAUGGCCACCCUCAGCAGAAUGGAGAAGGGGACCCUGUCACUUUGUUUGAGGUGGUUAAGCUGGGAAAGAGUGCUAUGCAGUCUGUGGUGGACGACUGGAUUGAAUCAUAUAAACAAGACAGGGACAUAGCACUUCUGGAUUUAAUCAACUUCUUUAUCCAGUGUUCAGGAUGUCGAGGUACAGUAAGAAUUGAAAUGUUUAGGAACAUGCAAAAUGCAGAAAUCAUAAGGAAAAUGACAGAAGAAUUUGAUGAGGACAGUGGGGACUAUCCCCUCACCAUGCCCGGGCCCCAGUGGAAGAAGUUCCGCUCCAACUUCUGCGAGUUCAUCGGGGUCCUGAUCCGGCAGUGCCAGUACAGCAUCAUCUACGACGAGUACAUGAUGGACACGGUGAUCUCCCUGCUCACAGGGCUCUCCGACUCCCAGGUCAGGGCCUUCAGGCACACCAGUACCUUGGCUGCUAUGAAGCUUAUGACUGCUCUUGUGAAUGUUGCCUUAAACCUGAGCAUCCAUCAGGAUAAUACACAGAGGCAGUAUGAAGCUGAGAGGAACAAAAUGAUUGGCAAAAGAGCUAACGAGAGGUUGGAGCUGCUGCUUCAGAAAAGAAAAGAGCUACAAGAAAACCAAGAUGAAAUCGAGAAUAUGAUGAACUCUAUUUUUAAGGGUAUAUUUGUUCAUAGAUACCGUGAUGCUAUUGCUGAGAUUAGAGCUGUCUGUAUUGAAGAAAUUGGAGUCUGGAUGAAGAUGUACAGUGAUGCCUUCCUGAAUGAUAGUUAUUUAAAAUAUGUUGGCUGGACACUACACGACAGGCAAGGUGAAGUGAGGUUGAAGUGUCUGAAAGCUCUUCAGAGUCUGUACACCAACAGAGAGUUGUUUCCCAAAUUGGAGCUGUUCACUAAUAGAUUCAAGGACCGCAUUGUGUCCAUGACCCUGGACAAGGAGUACGACGUGGCUGUGGAAGCCAUUCGAUUAGUGACGCUCAUCCUGCAUGGGAGUGAGGAGGCUCUGUCCAACGAGGACUGUGAGAAUGUGUAUCACCUGGUGUACUCAGCACACCGGCCCGUGGCAGUGGCAGCUGGAGAGUUCCUGCACAAAAAGCUGUUCAGCAGACACGAUCCCCAAGCUGAAGAGGCUCUAGCAAAGAGGAGGGGGAGAAAUAGUCCAAAUGGAAACCUUAUUAGAAUGUUGGUUCUUUUCUUUCUUGAAAGUGAGUUGCAUGAACAUGCAGCCUAUUUGGUGGACAGCUUGUGGGAGAGCUCCCAAGAACUGCUGAAAGACUGGGAAUGUAUGACAGAACUGCUCCUGGAGGAGCCAGUCCAAGGAGAAGAAGCCAUGUCGGACCGGCAGGAGAGCGCCCUCAUCGAGCUCAUGGUGUGCACCAUCCGCCAGGCCGCCGAGGCACAUCCCCCCGUGGGCAGGGGCACGGGCAAGAGGGUCUUGACAGCAAAAGAAAGAAAAACUCAGAUAGAUGACAGAAAUAAAUUGACUGAGCAUUUCAUUAUUGCACUUCCCAUGUUGCUAUCCAAGUACUCUGCUGAUGCUGAGAAGGUGGCAAAUCUCCUGCAAAUCCCUCAGUACUUUGAUCUGGAAAUCUACAGCACGGGCAGAAUGGAAAAGCAUCUGGAUGCCUUACUGAAACAGAUUAAGUUUGUUGUGGAAAAGCAUGUGGAAUCAGAUGUUCUGGAAGCCUGCAGCAAAACCUACAGCAUCCUCUGCAGUGAGGAAUACACCAUCCAGAACAGGGUGGACAUAGCCCACAGCCAGCUCAUCGACGAGUUCGUGGACAGAUUCAACCAUUCCGUGGAGGAUCUGCUGCAGGAGGGAGAGGAGGCUGAUGAUGAUGACAUUUACAACGUGCUCUCCACUCUGAAGAGGUUGACCUCUUUUCACAAUGCUCAUGAUCUCACCAAGUGGGACCUGUUCAGUAACUGCUACAGAUUGCUGAGAACUGGAAUUGAACACGGAGCGAUGCCAGAACAGAUUGUUGUCCAGGCACUGCAGUGUUCCCACUACUCUAUUCUCUGGCAGCUGGUGAAAAUCACCGAAGGCUCCCCUUCCAAAGACGACUUGUUGGUGUUGAGGAAAACUGUGAAAUCCUUCCUGGCUGUGUGCCAGCAGUGUCUGUCAAAUGUCAACACCCCAGUCAAGGAACAGGCUUUCAUGCUGCUCUGUGACCUGCUGAUGAUCUUCAGUCACCAGCUGAUGACAGGGGGUCGGGAAGGGCUGCAGCCCUUGGUGUUCAACCCAGACUCAGGCCUGCAGUCAGAACUGCUCAGUUUUGUCAUGGACCAUGUCUUCAUUGACCAAGAUGAUGAAAACCAGAGCAUGGAGGGAGAUGAAGAAGAUGAAGCCAACAAAAUAGAAGCUUUACAUAAGAGAAGAAACCUUCUGGCUGCCUUCAGCAAGCUGAUCAUCUACGACAUCGUGGACAUGCACGCGGCCGCCGAUAUCUUCAAACACUAUAUGAAGUACUACAAUGACUAUGGAGAUAUCAUUAAGGAAACCCUGAGCAAAACAAGGCAAAUUGAUAAAAUCCAGUGUGCAAAGACACUCAUCCUCAGUUUGCAACAGCUGUUCAAUGAGCUGGUCCAGGAGCAGGGGCCCAACCUGGACAGGACCUCUGCCCACGUGAGCGGCAUCAAGGAGCUGGCGCGGCGCUUCGCCCUCACCUUCGGCCUGGAUCAGAUCAAGACAAGGGAGGCGGUGGCCACACUGCACAAGGAUGGCAUAGAGUUUGCCUUCAAAUACCAGAACCAGAAAGGACAGGACUAUCCCCCUCCAAACCUCGCUUUCCUCGAAGUGCUCAGUGAGUUCUCCUCCAAACUCCUGCGACAGGACAAAAAGACUGUUCACACCUACCUGGAGAAGUUCCUGACGGAGCAGAUGAUGGAGAGGAGGGAGGACGUGUGGCUGCCCCUGAUCUCCUACAGGAACUCCCUGGUGACGGGCGGGGAGGACGACAGGAUGUCAGUGAACAGCGGGAGCAGCAGCAGCAAAGCCUCCUCCGUGAGGAACAAGAAGGGCCGACCCCCCCUCCACAAAAAGAGAGUGGAAGAUGAGAGCCUGGAAGGCUCCUGGCUGAACAGGAACGAGAACAUCCACACUCCAGGGGCACUGCAGGCACCACAGCUCACCUCCACUGUCCUGAGGGAGAACACCAGGCAAAUGGGGGAGCAGAUCCAGGAGCACGAGUCGGAGCAGGGAUCUGAACAGGACUUUUUACACAAUCCCCAGAUGCAGAUCUCGUGGCUGGGCCAGCAGAAGCUGGAGGAUCUCAAUCGGAAGGACAGGACAGGAAUGAACUACAUGAAAGGCAGGACUGGAGUAAGGCACGCAGUACGAGGUCUAAUGGAGGACGACGCUGAGCCCAUCUUUGAAGAUGUCAUGAUGUCCUCACGAGGUCAGCUAGAGGACAUGAACGAGGAGUUCGAGGACACGAUGGUCAUUGAUCUGCCGCCGUCGCGGAACCGGCGGGAGCGCGCGGAGCUGCGGCCGGACUUCUUCGACUCUGCUGCCAUCAUCGAGGACGACUCAGGAUUUGGCAUGCCCAUGUUCUGAAGUCUGGGAAGACGUUUUACAAACUUGGAACUCUAUUGUUUAGAGCUAGAGGCCUAUAUACUGUGAUAGCUUGUAUGGAAACCACACUUUUGAUGUGAUACGGUUUGAUUUUUAACCAAAUGAUUGAGGUCAACCCCUUUUUGUGGUGAGGGAGAGAAGAGGAGCUCCUCAGUGACACCCGGGAAUGUUGGCCACUCCAGUCACCUCAGAAGGGCUGACCUAGAGAAUCAUUUGUAUCCCUGUUCUUGACUGUCCUAAUACAGAUUUUUUUUUUUCUGGAUGAGGAGGAGGUUUUAAAUUGUUAAGACAGCUGUCGAAAUAAACACUGUUCUACAUACGUUUUCUGAAAACAACAUUGAGUGAAAACAGAACUUUUUAACUUUAUUUUUCUGCUGUACAAUUUAAAACAGUUUUAACAUUUGCCUUUUUAUGUUUUCAGAGCUAGCCAUUUUUAUUAAACCUAUGCCUAUCAGCCACUGACUAGCAAGGAUGCUGUAAGCAGGUCGUUCUGGCUACAGAGAAGUGUUUUUGAACACACUGGAUCUGAUUCACAUUAUGGUACGCUCCUGUCCUCUCCCAGGCAUGGAGAAGAGCACUCUCAGAGAAGAGGGUAGAAUCCUAAUGACGUGCAUCUCUGCCAAAAAAUUUCAGAUUCUGAUAUGAUAAACCCAGAUUUUAUACUCUUGAGAAGAUUUAUUUUUAUUUAUAAUGGGACAUAAAGUAAGAGAUGUCCAUGAAGCCACUUUUCCAACAGAUGCUGUGUAACAUUCAUUUUAUAUAGCACAUGGGGACACAAAACAGUAAAUUUUCUAUUGGUACUUGCUCUGUGCAUUUUUAGCAACUUAUACCAGCAAAUAAAGUAUUCUCAGUAAAACACACGAAUGGUUCUCAAGUAAUCACUUUGCUGUUUUUACUACCUACUUCAAGCCUGCCAACCCAAGGUACAUAAACAGCAACUUUCCUAUUAAAAAAAAAUAGUCCAAGGGUGGGGGAAAGGAUCACUUUAGCAUAUGAAAAGUAAUUUUCCUGUACCAUAAAACAAAGUCUACUUUCCAUGCCGUAAAUACCCUUUUCCGCUAUUUUUGUAAAUUAAUUUUGCCAGUUAGAAGUACUGUAUGUGCUGCAUAGAAAUUUGUGCUUAGAUGGUGAAGUUCUUAAGCUUACAAUGGACUACAGCUACAUUUUCAGUGUUAACUGUGCAUAUUGAGAGUAAUUCUUUGGAAAAAAAAAUAUGAUUUUUCAAAAAAGCUAAAAACGUUAAAAAAAAAAAAAUCAAGAAGACCCCAAAACAUUCUCAGCUAAUUCAUUGUAAUAAGAGAUUCUUUUCAAUGUCUUCAAUAAUUUGGAAUUUCAUUAUGCUUCAAUUUGAUGACUCUGCCUAGUAGCUGCUCCUUAGUUAGACUGGCCUGAUGCCAGCAGAGCUGGCCUUCCACAACUCCAGGAUCUCCAAAACGGCCCCAAAACGUUCCUCUUCCUUCCUGCACUCCACCAUUAGCAGCUGAGAUACAAACCAGACUUACCCACUUGGAGCACAGCAGUUUCAGAGGUGCUUUUAUUUUUUAGCAACUGCAGAAUAAUCACAGAGCUUUUUUCUCUUUGGAGCUUACUGGGAACCAACCCGGCCCGUCCGUGCCCGGGGCCGAGGCUCUCACCCAGCUGCGGUGUCUCUCCCAACAAGGGCACUUCUCAGACACAGUUGCCAAAAAUGUUUGCCCAGGCCCUGCAGCCGUUCCCCCGGGGUGGGGAUGGACCAACCCAGCAGCAGCUGGCACUUCAGACCGAGCUGUGCCCUCGCUCGGGGCACCCCCCGCGCCCGGGGCACGGGGCUGCGGCCCCGCUCACAUCGCCCCGUGGGCAGCGGGGCAGAGCAGAUGCUGCCUGGUUUGAGUCAUUCUCAGACAAACCUUGUGCUUCACAGUCCUCUGUGUGGAAAACUGAUUCCUAAUUUAACAUUGUAGAAUACUGUAUAACAAACAUUGAUGAUCACGGUACCUGCAAUGGGUCUCCAGUUCAGUUUGCAGUCUAUAGGUUUUUGUAUUAUGAGUGUCUCCUUGAUUGGUUUUGCUAGUAAUUCUGUAAAUUGUACAUUUACAAUAUGAGGUUUUUUUUUUUCCUUUUGUACAAUUUAAAACUGAUGCUUCACCUUUCAUUUAAUAAACUAUUCAAAAUCAUGA